GUACAAGCUGCUUGUGGAGGAAACAGGAAAUGUUGCCAUCUAUAACAUCUACGACCGCAAGACGUGGGAAACGGACACCGCCGGCCAGUGCACAGAUGACACACCUUUCCUAACGCUCCAGGAAGAUGGAAAUUUGGUGCUGUACUGUGGCACCACCACGCAGGCUAUAUGGGCGACGGGCACGGAGGAUACAACUCGCCAGCAUUGCCGGGUGGCAGCAUUGGAAGUCACAGGCUACUUCUCUUUGUACAAUGUGCCGGAUCUAGCCGGUGUCUGGUCCAGCUCGGGCACGAUUCCUGUCGGCUUCGGGAGGAGCAAUCUGACCAGUCCAGAUGUGCUCUUUCCGGGCAUGCGCCUUGUGCAAAAGACCUUCUACGACUUCACCCUGUCCGUGUCUGAGGGCGGCAAUGUCACCUUGAAAGAUUGGUCGCAUGGGCAGGAUCUCUGGUCUACCGGGACAUCCUGUGAUGCGGCGCCGAAGGAGAUUCAGCUCAAGAUGCAGGAGGAUGGGAAUCUUGUUCUCUAUUGCGAUGGGGCUGUGGUGUUUGCAACCGACACAGCUGACACCUCGUUGGAG